AGUUCACUUUUUCCCGUUAGUUUUUACUUUUUAUCAGUUCUCGAUUAACUUUUGUUGCUGUGUUGUUAAUAAUUGUGGAAAACUAUGGCCGAAGAAGAAAAUUCUAGUAAAAGUGUACGGCAAUUAGCCGAGAGUGCAAAGCAAAAAUUGAUACCGGAGAAGUCUAAGUCAGUGUACUUAACCUCCUAUGACAAUUUUUCCACAUGGCUAAAAAACAAUUGUGCGUCGAUAACAGAAGAAACGUUAAUGGCCUAUUUUGAGCAUUUAUCGGAAACAAAAGCUUCAUCGACUUUAUGGUCGACUUACUCUAUGAUCAAAAAAAUGAUACUACAAAAUCAUGAAAUUGAUAUAAGUAAAUAUGUAAAUUUAAUAAAUUAUUUAAAAAUCGGAAACAAAAACUUUCAAAGUAAGAAAGCAAAAACUCUUACUCCUGAACAGAUUCACAAGUUUUUAUUUGAAGCCCCAGAUCUGAAACACUUAGCCACGAAGGUUGCUUUAAUACUUGGAGUAGAAGGAGCUUGCCGACGAGAAGAGCUAUACAAUAUGAAGUUACAAGAUUUUGCUGACAAUGGAUCUCGCUAUGAAAUUACACUUCCGAAGACGAAAACGAAUAUUAUUCGGAAGUUUGUUGUCGAAGGGCAAUUGUAUCACAUCGUCAAAAAUUAUGCCUCGAAACGUCCGAAAGAUGUGGCCACUCCCAGCUUUUUUUUAAAUUGGCAAAACGGAAAAUGUACGAGACAAGUCAUUGGGCUCAACAAAUUUGGCAGUAUGCCAAAAAUGGUCGCAAAAUAUUUAAAUCUUCGGGAUGCUCAUCUUUACACAGGACACUGCUUCAGGAGAACUUCCACUACCCUCCUCGCCGACGCUGGAGUCACAUUGACAACACUCAAACGGCACGCUGGAUGGAAGUCCAAUCAAGUAGCUGAAAGCUACAUUGAUGAUUCCUUGCAGGGUAAGAGGAAAAUCAGCAAAUUGAUUUCUGAUUCAAUCUUGAAUCCUUCGCACAAUGAAAAUUUGGAUGUUCCAAAUACAGCAACCUCACAUUCAAGCUCAUCGACUAUAAAUCUUCCCAAAUCGGAUAUGCUUCACAUAUCGAAUUGUCAAAAUAUUACAAUAAAUAUUAUCGGCGAAACUAAAAAUAACGAUUGAUAUUGUCAGCGAAGUAAAAAAAAUGAAUAUUUUGUAUUUCAGUCUACGUUCCAAAGCAUAAAAUUAACCAAAAAGAAAUAAUUGCUUAAGAUUACUUAUUGUUUUACUUUUUAAGAAUUAUUUUGUAUAUAAGAAUAUUUUGUAUUUCAGUCUA